AUGGGACUGCGCUCAAAUCACCAUUUUCCAGGGAGUGAGCUCGAAGAUCAUAUUUCGGAUAUCGCUAAAGAAGCCAGCAUCUAUCAUCGUGUUGGACCACAUAAGAGGCUUGUUCGCAUGCUAGGCCAUUCCAGGGAAGGCCUCAAGCUUGAAUAUAUGAAAACCGGUGAUCUCAAGACGUAUCUCCGAGCCCACGAGCCAAUACCAACAAGCCUCAAAUUAAAGUGGGCAUAUCAAGUCGCAGAAGCUGUCGAACUCUUGCAUAGGAACGGGGUUAUCCAUUGCGAUAUUAAACCACGAAACCUCUUACUAGAUCCGACUUUUGACAUCAAGAUUAUUGACUUCUCUGGCUCUUCAUUAGAUGGUUCAAAGUCAGCCUCUGGUGAAGGGACCCGGUUUUACCUUCCUCGGCAUUGGAGAGACCCGCCGACGGUGGCCACAGAUCUCUUCGUACUAGGGUCGACUCUUUACGAGAUUUUUCAAUGCACGAGCCCGUAUGAAGAAAUACCUAAAUUUCCUAAUAUAUCUGAUAUACCAUGUGGACAAAUUAUCAAACAAUGUUGGCUAUCUCAAUUUGAUUCAGCGAAGGAUGUGAAAACCGCCAUCUGGGAUGUUUGUCGCAACGUCAACGUCAACUGUAUCCCUCAUUUCGAUGGGUUGGAUGUUUCUCAGGAUAUGUUGAUUAGCCCAGUGGUUUUUCGGGAGGAUUAG